GUCCGUAGUCAAUUUGGCUCAGGCAACUUUGGCCUUCUCGCUGUGCUUGCUGCCUGUUUUCUGCUCCUCUGUCGUCUGCGGCCGCGAUGGGGUGCACGUCUUCCUUCGUCGCGGGCGACGCCGAAAAUGCUGCCCAGGCACGCGACCUCAUUCAACACGUGAACAAAGGUGAUUUCGAAGCGACGUUCUCUUUGGGCGCGGUGUUUGACAUGGCCGUGAAGAUUAUGUAGUUGAGCACUCUGGAGCCCAGUAAUUUCAUGCUCACUAACGUGAAGGAGGUCGUCGGUCAACUCGCCAGCUGGUCCGGCGUCCAAGACAGCAAGCAUGUGGUGAGCCUCCUCUCGGCGAUGGUGGAGGAGCAGCGUGUCUUCAUGGUGAUGGAGGGGUGCGAGAGCAACAUCCUCCGCAAGAUCUCAGGGUCGCCAAGCUUUUGGGCGCCGGAGUCCCACCGCGUGCUGAAGGAGAUGCUUCUUGGGGUGCAGGCGUGCAACCUUGCUGUCACCGUUCGCAGGAGCAUCAAGCCACAUGAUUGCCCCAUUCGCUCCGAUGGGAGCACCGUGAAGCUGUGCGACUUCGGGCUGGUGGUCAGGACGCCUCGUGGCGGGCAGCUGCGGGAGGUGGCCAGCACCAUCCUCUUCACUUCCCAGGAGAUGUUGAUGGGCUAUGGGUAUGGCAAAGCCAAGGACGUGUGGCCGUUCCGUGUCAUUGCGUACUGGUUGUGCUUCGACGUGCUCCCGUUCCCGAAGGCCUUCUGCCAGAGCACCCGAGUGCAUGAAGAAGGCUAUCCUGCUAUGGGCCCCCCGCGCGGUGCCUGGGGAGCGGCAGCUGGGAGGCGCUCGUCUUGCCGCACCUGGAGCGCUGCAAGUCCACCCGCAGCACCGCGGAGCAGGCCCCGGCGCAGUGGGCACCCUGCGGCAGGAGGCCCACGACAACGACCUCGCCAACGACAACGACCAGGACCUCGAUGACGACGACCACGACGAGGAUAUGUACGACGACAACGACGAGAACGACGCCGACGACGGAGGGAGAAUCCGUGGCGGGCGCAGAGUUCGAGCGAGGUUCCCUGCGAGAGCGCCGAGCCUCCGAAGCUGCUCCCGAAGCUCGGCAGGUCGCCCCACGGGGGGUGCCGCGGCGGCCAGCCUCGGCCUCGCGCCAGAGGCCACGCGAAGCUGCUCCAGCGGGAACGACGGCCGCAGCCCCCCUUUUAAGCUGAGCGGAGACGAGGGGCCUCCACCUGGAGCACACCGUAGGAAGGCUGGGUGCCCUGCAGCGGGCCCGCUCGCUGGUUCUGCAGGGGGGGGGGG